AAGUCGCUGCGGCGUUGCUGCCUAGUCGCCGCGAGUUCUUAUAACUGUCUCCUUGUGGCGCGAGCAUCGAGCCUCGCUCUUCCCCCGGCGGUGACGGCGACGGAGACGGCGUUGCCGGCAGCAGCAGCAGCAGCAGGAGGGAGCGGAGGCGAGCGGGCGGCGGGCUCCAUGGAGAGCGGCGGACGCCCGGGCAGAGGCGGCGUUUCCUCUCCGGCACCCGGGCUGCAGUGACCGGCGCUUGCGCCCUGCCCUACGUCGAAGCGGCCGCCGGCUCCGGGACUGACCGGCCUCGUUGCCACUCCCCGCGCCGCCGCCUCGCCUCCCGGCGCCCCUGUGCCCCGACUCGCCUGCGCCCCAACUCCCCGGCGGGGUGGCGGCGGCCGGGUCCCCGCGGCGGCGGCCGGAGCAGCAGCGGCAGCAAGAGCCUGCCUCUAUGAUGAAGUUCAAGCCCAACCAGACGCGGACCUAUGACCGCGAGGGCUUCAAGAAGCGGGCGGCGUGCCUGUGCUUCCGGAGCGAGCAGGAGGACGAGGUGCUGCUCGUGAGCAGCAGCCGGUACCCGGACCAGUGGAUUGUCCCUGGAGGAGGCAUGGAGCCGGAGGAGGAACCCGGCGGUGCAGCCGUGAGGGAGGUUUAUGAAGAGGCUGGAGUCAAAGGAAAAUUAGGCAGACUCCUGGGCAUAUUUGAGCAGAAUCAAGACCGAAAGCAUAGAACAUAUGUUUAUGUUCUUACUGUCACUGAAAUACUAGAAGAUUGGGAAGAUUCUGUUAAUAUAGGAAGGAAGAGAGAGUGGUUCAAAGUAGAAGAUGCCAUCAAAGUUCUCCAGUGUCAUAAGCCUGUACAUGCAGAGUAUCUGGAAAAACUAAAGCUGGGUUGUUCUCCAACCAAUGGAAAUUCCACGGUCCCUUCCCUUCCAGAUAACAACACCUUAUUUGUGACUGCCGCACAGACCUCUGGGUUGCCAUCCAGUAUAAGAUAGAACUGGGAGGACCUCCCAAGUGCAGUCUUGUGGGGAGAGGUCUCUCUUAUUUUCCUUGGCAAACAUCUGAAUGACUCUUGCAAACUGAAUUUGCGAUGCAGGAUUUUCAAACAAUUUGCAUGUUUUUCAGAUGUUUUCAAAUCUUCUCUAAAAAAAAAUUGUAAAAUAUUUUAAUAAGCCAAAGCCAUGUGGAAUUUUUUUUAGAUGCCUUAACUCUGCCCCCAACCCACCCCAUCCCCAUUUUAGUUCAUUUUUUUCAUAGCAUUUUGUUCAGUUUUUUGUCCAUUUGACAUCAGUCUGUGGUUUCUUGUCAGAUCAGCCUACUUAUGGGUAUAUCUUCUAAAUUAUUUUCUCAUCACAGCAUUAACAUAGUCAACAAAUUCUGUUGUAGAAAUUUACGAAAAUAAUUCUUAAAUCUGUUCGAUCUGAAAGCUUGUUCCAUAGGAUCAUAGUUUUUUCUAAAUUCCAGAUUUGGACUAUUUCUGUAUGGUCCAAUAACUAUUUUGACAAAGGACUUUUUGGUAUUUUCAGGAAUUUGUCAACUCAUUUGUCUUGAAUUUUCACAACUGGUAUGUCACUAGCUACCUGAUAUGGCCAGUUACCCCCUAUAACUCACUAGUCCUUUAACACAGUUUAUAUACAGUUGGUGAUUUUUAGAGGUAUUGUAAGAAAGACGCACAUAGUAAAUACAUGAAAAACUGUAUUCAUGGGAUUUGAGUUAGCAUGCUAAAUCGCCAAUUCCCUUUAUCCAUAAUCUCUUUACACGGAAUACUGGAGAACCAUAAUUCUCUCAAGGUAAAUUCCUUUUAAAAGAUAUAUUUCCAGUUUUUGAAUUUACUGACCCCUCUUUAGUUAAACUUGCUGGUUACCAGUAGUGACCACAGGAUUAGAGUCUAACCUCAAAUGGUAGUCAGUGGUGACUGCAGUGGCCUUCUUGCUGUUCAGCUGUUCCAGACUUAGAUUAUUAGGACACCUGAGAAUGUCUCAUCAUCUUUUACAUGUUGCCAAUAAGUACUAUUUAUCCUAUAACUAACCGUUGGGGCACUGGAAUAUACCUGAACUAAGAAUUAUUUUGUCUUGUCUUUAUACUCACUUGGAAUCAAGAAUCCCAUUGAGACACACACAGGUACCUUGUCUGAAACCCCUGUACUUUCCCAAACAACUCAGACAAAAACCUUUGAAUAAGACAUGCGGUGGGGAGAGAGUGAAAGAUCAUUAUGUAGGCAUUAGCCUUGUAAAUAUUGUAACUGGUGAGUAUAGAGUAGAAAAUAAGUAUAGUUGUACAUUCUACAAAUUGUUAACCUUUAAAAAUAUAAUGGCUGCUAAAUAGAGUGCUGUUACACUUAAGGAAAAUCGGUGCCACUGUUUUGAAAAGAUCUUGUGCCAUAAAUGCAGCUGAACUAAAUAUAAAUAUUAGUUCACAAAUUAAUGCUGUCAAGAGGAAUGAGUAAAGUAGAAAAACUUAACCAAUGACAUUUCUAAAUUAUGUAGUAUGAUCAAACAUGAUCAUCCAGAAUUUUUGUAUUCUUUGUACAGAGGUUAUGCAUCCUGCGUGUUUUUUAAAAAACAUUUUAAAUCCACAGAUUGACACUUUGAAUCUUCAGUGGACUUAAGAUUUUGUUGUUUCUCAGUAAUCUCUUAAGUUUCUUUAUAUACCUUAACACAGCAGAGAAACUGGAUUUUGUAUAUAAAAAUGUCCACCUGAAAUGCUGUCACAAGUACUGGGGGAGGGGGGUAUCUUGUAUAUGAUAUUCUUAGAGGUAAUAAUGCAUGAACUUAUUUUAUAAACUCUUGGACUAUGUAUUUGACAUGUAAAAUAUGUACAGUAUUGUCAGCCAUCUCUUAAAAGUGAGCCUAUAAAUAUUGUUGUAUAAUUUCUUUUGGUCAAGAACAUUUGGACUAAGUAGUGCCACUCGGGUCAGGAUUUUCUUCAGUGCCAUUUAGCAAACCAACUGUCUUUAGUCUAUGCAACUAGCAAAAAUUUGUAUGAUGCAACAGAAUACAGCUGUCACACUUUGAAUUUCACACAAGGGAUUCUUCACUAUUCUUCUGGAACCUAGUCUAGCAAAAUUAGAGGAAAGGCCAUAAGGAGAUUUCUGUUAAGGAGAAAAAGCCUUCAUUUUCAGGCUCAACAGUUGAAUCUACUAUAGAUAAUAGUGUCUACUAUCUCAACCCUCCAAAGUUUACAGAGUGUUGGGACUCAUUUCUGCUUUCUGUGGGGUAGAUGGAUAAAAUUGGGCAGCUAAAGUUUUCAGUCCCAUGUGCCUCCUAAAUAUAUAGGUUAAGUUGACUUGUAGACACAAAGUAGCAAACUAUCCUGAAUAUUUGUUGUUGGGGUUUGUGUGUGUGUGUGUGUGUGUAUUUUUUUUAAUAAACAAGGUGAAAUUUUCUGUCACAUGCCAUUCAAUUUUCUGUCAAACAGUUGUAUAAAGCAGCAAAACUGAAAGGGGGGAUGAUUGUUGUAUACACUCUAAAUUGCUUUGCAUGGUCUCAUUUGAGAUAAUUGGUGUAAGAAUCUUGACUUUUUAUAUUUGGAAACCAAAUAAAAAUGGAAAUAAAUUUUUUUUUUUACCGUAACUGAACAUCAUCCAAGUGGAAAACUUGUCUGGCAUUCCACAGUAAAAAUUUACUCCUCUCCCAUAGGUCAUAUACAUAAUCUCAUACUUAUGAGAGUAUAUUUAUAUAUAUUUAUACUUUCCACUUAUGAUCCUUACUAGUGUUAUUAACUAGUUGUCCACCAGUAAAGUGUUGCCAUUACUCUCCCAAAUGGAUAUUUUCUAUUAAAUACCAACCAGUC